CACAUAGAACAUUUGUAGAGUGUGAAGAAAACUUGAUGUCUCCUUCAAAAGACGACAUUUCUGCUUUUGCAGUUUACAGUUCAAAGAAAAGUAAAAGGAAAAGAAACAGGAAAUCGAGUACCAAGACAGAGGAGACGGAGGAUAUGUUUCAAGCAGCGGAGGAACCUGAUGUUGAAGAAAUUUUAAGUACUGAUGAUGACCCUAGUGCAUCUAGUCCUUGUAGUGUCAAAGACAAGAGAAAAAGGAAGAAAAGCAACAUUUCCUUUACCGUUACUAGUGAACAGUCCAGGACUCCUGGUGCUGAAAUUGUGGAUGUAGAAGAGAAUUCUGAUGAUGUAUUACUAAUUGAGAAUGCAACUCAAGGAAAAAAGAAGAAAAUUGUAUUAAAUCCUGAAAAUGAAGAAAAUGAAGAUCAGGAGGUUAUAUUUCAAGAUUUCAUCAGGAAGAAGACAAAUGGAGUGAAACUAAAAAGGAAACCCACGAAAGGGAUGAAGAAAGGCACCAUGGUUUCAGAGGACUCAUCUGUGGGUCAAGAUGUUUUCAUAGUGGAGGAUGUGGAGGACGCAGAAGAGGACAACUACAGUGGCAACAGCUUGGUGGAGGGCAAGAAGUUAUUUGCAUGGCUUAUAAAUCCAGUUGUUCCAGAAGUUUUCUUCAGAAAUGCAUGGGAGAAAAGGCCGCUACAUAUAAAACGUGGUGUUCCAGAAUACUACAAGCCAAUUAUAUCUACACCAGAUAUUGACAAAAUGUUGAGAAAUUAUAAUGUUCAGUUUACAAAGAAUUUGGAUGUAACAUCAUAUUCUGAUGGUAAAAGAGAGACACAUAAUCCUGUUGGCCGUGCUCUGCCAAGCAUUGUGUGGGAUUACUACAAGAAUGGUUGCAGUGUUCGUUUGCUUAAUCCACAGACAUUCAUUCCAAAGCUUGCUCUUUUAAAUUCAUCUUUGCAAGAAUAUUUUGGUUGUUUUGUUGGAGCAAAUGUGUACUUGACACCUCCAGACUCACAGGGCUUUGCACCGCAUUAUGAUGACAUUGAAGCUUUUAUUUUGCAAGUUGAAGGUCAGAAACACUGGAAAUUGUAUCCACCGAAGUCAGAGUCUGAAACUUUACCAAGAUUUUCAAGUGGAAAUUUCAGUCAAGAUGAAAUAGGGGACCCUAUAAUGGAAAUUACUCUAAAGCCAGGUGAUUUGUUGUAUUUUCCACGAGGUACAAUUCACCAGGGUCGUACUGUACCUGGAAUUCACUCAUUACAUGUAACACUGUCAUGCUACCAGCGCAACACGUGGGGUGAUUUAAUGGAGAAGGUAAUUACUGCAGCGGUACGAGUGGCAAUGGAAGAGAACAUUGAAUUCAGAAGAGGCUUGCCUCAGGAUUAUUUGAACUUCAUGGGUGUUGCACAUAGUGAUAAGUCAUCAACCCAGAGAACAGACUUUAUAGAGAAGAUCAAGUCUCUCAUGGCAAAACUGUUUGACCACGCACCAAUAGAUGCAGCAGUCGAUCAGAUGGGAAAGCAGUUUAUUCAUGAUGCAUUGCCACCGAUGCUAACUGCAGAAGAGAAGCAGUUCUCGUGUGUUGGCGAUGGGCUUAGAAUGGGGCCCAAUGGAGAGAUUAUUAGUGGUGGCGAAAUUACCUUGGACACAAAAAUAAAGCUUUUAAGAGCACAUGUUAUCAGGUUAGUCACCGAAGAAGAUAAUGUCCGUGUGUACCAUACUAUGGAUAAUUCUUUUGAAUAUCACAGGGAGGAACCACAGUACCUUGAGAUUUCUUUUGAGCUUGCUCCUGCUGUAGAACAUCUCAUUUGUUCCUAUCCUGAUUUUGUGAAGGUCUCAGAUUUGCCUUUGGAUUCAGAAGAGCCUAAGGUGCAGAUUGCUGGUGAUCUAUGGGAAAGAGGACUUUUAUUAACUGAUGGAGCUCUGAAGAUAAGCAUUUGUUAAUGUGAUGUUCCAUCAACUGUUCUCUUAUGUGGAUACCAGUUUUGAAUAGAGACUACUCAUGAUCUGCUGUAUGAUAAAUGUAUUGUAUGAAAUGUAUCGUGCAUGAAAUAAAUAUUACAAAUAAUA